ACUGCUCCACUAGCAGCAGCACCAGUCGUUGAAUAACCGAGAUACCGAGCAGAUCAAAACCCAUAUUGCAAAAAGUUAAGUUAUUUUUCCGGCAUUAUGAUAUACGUGAGUGUCCUGUGGUUUGGGAUUACGGUGGGAGUGAUAGCUGUGGGUGGACCCAAUGAAUGAGCUCAACAUUGUAGAUUUCUCUGGUGCUGCCCAUUCGACACCAAUCAUGACAUGUAAGAAAAGACACGCCGAUGAAAUAGAAGGCUGCACGCCUUCCAAAAUACGAUUAAUAAAUUUGGAGGAAUAUCAGGAGGCUGACUCUGAGUCCAGCAAUACACAACAAGGUGGAUCGGGAUCGGAGAUAGGAGCUACUCGAAUUUUAAAACCAAUCCCGGAAAAUCUGCCUCGUCCUAAAUCUAGACCAAGGAGCAAGUCUGAGGGAGAUAAAUCAACCAGCCUCCCCAGUUCGAAGGACUCAGAUUAGUACUGGAUGGAAUACACACAAUCACAGCGUGAUUCGAUGUAAAUUUCAAUUGUGAAACUUCAUUCUGGAAAAGUUGAAUUUGUAAAAAUAGCAAAUAAAUGAAUAUAAAAAUCCGAGUACACACAAUCACAGCGUGAUUCGAUGUGAAUUUCAAUUGUAAAACUUCAUUCUGAAAAUAGUUC